GCCAAUUGCAGUGAGUUGCCAAGCUACUUGUUUCUGAUCGUUUGUGAUGUUUGUGGUGGGAUUGGGCGGAUAGGCUAUGUAUGUAGCUGAUGCAAUUUGAAGUAGUAAUAUGAACAAGAAGAAAAUGGAAGUGGAAGUAUCACCAUUAAGGAGUCUGGACGAUUUCCUUCUCGAAUCUGCAAGAUUUCAGAUACCUAACUUCAAAGAUUUUGAGAAGUGGGGUAACAGAGUCAUCAACAAUCUUUUGUAUUACCAAACAAACUACUUCCUUCUUUCUGUAAUAAUAUUUAUUUUGGUUGGGGUAAUUCACCCAACAAAAAUGUUGUGUGGAAUGUUGGCCAUUGGGGUUGCCUUUGGUUUAUUCUACUAUUUAACAAAUGCAAAGAGGUCUGCUACAAAGUUCAAGAAGGACCACCCAGUCAUCAGUGUCUUAAUCGUGUUGGGUGGAGGAUAUUUCAUUGUCUACAUGCUGGGAUCAGUAAUAGUUUUCCUCCUUGGUAUUCUCUUGCCAAUUAUGGUGAGCUUCAUUCAUGCAUCCAUGAGGCUUCGGAAUGUGAGAAACAAACUUGUCAAUAAAAUGGAGGUGAUUGGCCUGAAGAGAACUCCCAUGGGGCUCUUCCUCGAAGCUCUGGGUAUGGAACAAGAACUUCUGUCCUAAGAAAUCCUACAUGACUUCAUAUAAAUAUUGAGUGUGUUGUUCAUUCAUUUACAGUUUACAUGAGAGAUAAGAAUUUGAAUACAGAAGUGUGUAUAAGUUAAAUUUUUGGUGUGUACUUUGACACAGCAAACUUGUGUGACUAAAGUACCUUUGAAAUUAUGGUUAAUGACAGAAAUAUUACUUUUGCGUGUAAACAGGAUAUAUUAGACUCAGAUGACUGGGACACUCAGCAUGUAUUAGAAUUUCUGACUCUCUUAGAUGCUCUUUGAUCAUGGUAUAUGUGCUGGGAUAGUUUAAUUGUUACUGCUUACACAAGCUUUACUCAUGCCUCAGUAAAAGUGGGCAUUAUUUAAGUUAUCGUCUAGCCAUUUGGUAAAUGUUAUGAUCAAGACUGGAAGUGGAUGUAGACACAAGUAGAUGCCAUCUGAUUAGUUCCAGAGAACUAUUUUUAACAGAACUUUUUCCAUUGCCUUAAGAUGUCAUUCCUGACAAUGGCUCACAUAGGAAAGAAUACCUGAACAUGCAUUGUAAUAAUUUCAUUUGUAAUAUGUGUUGUUCAUUCCCUUAGCCUUUUCUGUUGAUCUGUAGCAUCCGCAUAGUUUAAAGUGCCAUUUCCACCCCUGUUUAUCAUGUAACUAUGCAAGCUAAUGGUAACAAGAGGAAGAAUAUGAUUGAUAUUUCUACCAGACCUUUAACUUUUAGUGUCACUUUUAGGUUUGCAUGCCAAUUCCAUUUUUCUAGACAUCUUCAUGCUUUUAGUUUGUCAUUUUAAUUAUAUAAAUUUAUACAAGUUAUACACAAAAGAAUGGUGUGAAUUCAAAAGUUAAUAAGAAAUAUAUUUCUCAACUUCCAUGGGCACAACAUACACCGUCAGUGGCAGCAACUGUCCAAGUUUCUCAUGUGUUAUUUACAAACCUUCAGUGUGUGCACCCUGGGUCACACAACACACAUCAACACAGUAAUCAAACUCAUCUCAAACCCGGUGUAGCCUGUCCACUGUAAUGGCCUGCAGUGCAUGCCCCAAAGAAAAAAUUGCACGGUGUAAGAUCUGGCGAACCGGGUGGCCAAGGCAGAAGUUUGUUGUCUCCAUUUGCUGCAGCACGUCCGAUCCAGCGCUGUGGAAGAACACGAUUGAGAAACACUCAUACAUUCCUGUGAAAAUGGGGUGGGGGGGGGGAAUCUAUCAAUAAAUCAAUAAAGAAAAAUGGGCAGUGCACUUUCUCGCGGGAUACUGCACAGGAAACAUUGACUUCUGGAGAGUCAUGCUGGUGCUCUCUCUGUGCAUGUGGUUGCUCAGUUCCCCAGAUAUGGACAUUGUGUCUGUUCACCUUGCCACUGAUGUGGGAAGUGGCUUCAUUGGAGAAGAUCAGUCUUUUUACGAACCCAUCUUCCUCCAUUUUCGACUGCAUCUCCUCGCAAAAGUCACUCCUUUUCACUUGGUCCACUGGUUUAAGGGCCUGCACCAAUCGCGUAUUGUACAGUUUAAAACUCAGCAGCUUACGCAGCACCUUCCACACCAUAAUUCCCUGCUCCCUCUACCCACUGACUUUUAGGGACUUCGCUGAAACGCCUCACGCUCUCUUUCAGUGUCGUCAUCAGACACAUGAGGUCGACCAGGACUCUUUGCCUUUACACAAGCAUCCAGUUUCUACAAACUGUACCACCUGCUUAUGUUAUUCUUGUGUGGUGCCUCUUUUUUGAAACCAUGCAUGAAACUCAUGCUGCACUGUAAUCACAGAUCUGGACACCUCAAAACGCAGCACACAGAAAGCCUUCUCCUGCUGCAAUGCCAUCUUUGAAACUGGCCCCGUGGCCACACAGUAAGCAUGAGAAACUUGGACAGUUGCUGCUGCUGAUGGUAUAUGGUAUGCCCAUGAAAGGUGAGAAAUAAUUUUUAUUAACAUUUGAAACUGCAUCAUUUUUGUGUAUAUGCUGUAUAUGUAAUGUUAUAAGAAAUUUUAUUAUACUUCAUUUUAUUCUUUUUUGUUGUUUCAAAUUGGAUUGUUGUUACACUCAUUAACCAUUGGUAUCAAGCGGAGUGGUACAAGUUCAUAAAGCAAUUCUGGGCAGCUGCAGCAACAUCUAAGCAGAUGGUGCCUACUGAGUGAGUACGAACCUGAAAUGAAGUUUCCUUCUUUCUGUUGCUGAAGCCACAUUAUUAGUAUGGCUCACAUAGUAAAACCUUUUGUGAUAUGGUCUGGUAUUCUGACAACCAUGACAUUAUGAUCAACAGAUUAAUGUUAAUUAUAUUUAUGCAGAAGUGGAAAAAAAAACAACUGGUAUUUGUAUGUUCUUGAUUACAAAAUUGACAGCUCAUGUAGGUGGAUAUGAUAGGUUUUGUAUUAUUUCUGUUAUACUUUAUGAAAUAUAAUAGAAAAUAAUUCAGACUUCAGUUUUUUUUUCACUCAAAGAUGUUUUGUGUAUCAUUUUAAGGACCAGAACUGAGUAAUGCUAGUUUUUGCUCAAGAAAUUUAAUUCCAGUUUCAAUUAUUCUAACAUUGAAGGCAUUUACUUACACAGCAAAUCUAAUGUUAGUCAGUUUCUGUGCACUUUUACCAACAUUGAACCAGGCCCUGUGUACCACACUAGUAGAAUUCCUUGGGACAGCUUUGGAGCCUGUUGCAGACAGUUUUCAAUAUAUUAUCAUCAUCCGUAAACUUUUCCCACAUACAAGAAGAUCAUAACUGGUGAAGAAUUCAGCCUUUUAGGGCGUAACGCAGUGUAGUCUGGUGAAAGUCAGCUGAUACAUUGGAUGAUCAUAAGGUCUCCAUCUUCAAGGUUGAAGAAUAAGCCAAGAAGGAAACCAACGUUAAGCAGACAGCAAGCGUAUUUGAUUGCUGCCAGUUUCAUUCUGGUUUCUUGCAUAAGGGAAUAUGUCAGGGUGUAUAUGGGCAAAAUGACUUUCAGGGAUUCAGUUCUUGAAAGCUAAUAAGUAAGAACUUAUGCAACUAUGUAACACUGUGCUGUAUUCUCUGGAGUACCAACAGUUGUCACAUGGAAGCUUCAUGCUAUACUGACAGAUGUAAGAUAUGGGUUGAUAUAAACUUGUUCUAUAGCAAUAUUAAUGUUUUCUGGAACAUAAUUCUUAUUGAAUUUUUCUUUUGCAACAGACAAGAGUUUUGGGUUUGCACCAUUAUCCAGAUUGCCCCCAAUGUUCUGAAAUAAUUUCUUAAUUUCUCAGCUUACUGCAAGGUGUCCACUGCAACACCAUGUCAUGAUUAUUCACAUUAUGAGUGUGUUCAAAUGAUGGCUGUGUAGAUUAUCAACUGGUCUCUUCUUUAGUAUCUGUAUAAGUAUAUUGUCAUAUGUAGGAUGUUAACGGACGACGAAAAUGACCGGUUCUGGUUCAUAUGAUUGGAUCUUCAAACUAGUAAGUAAUAAUGCGGGGAUGAACCCACUUUUUGAAAGAAAUGAUAUCUUAAGAUAUGUAGAGGUAGAUUGUCUUCCACAGAAUUCUGCAAUAUAUCCAAGUAAGAAGCGCCCAUUACAGUCAAAUCACAGGAAUGUGUAGCAGUUCUCUAUUAGGAGCAUAUGAUUUUGGUCAUUAAGAUUAUUAUGGACCUACAAAUAUUUUCAUGUUUUUAGAGUGCAACUAUAGACAGGCUUUGAAUUGAUGACUGGAUUCAUUGGACUCUUGGAUACAGCACAUGACUACAUUUUACAGUUCACUAUUAUACACACACUAAUGUCCAUGGUCAUGUCUUCACUAGCCACUGCUCAGUAGUGGCUUCUAAUGUCAGACGUUCCCCUUCCUCUGGGUUCCUGAACUAUCCCCAGCCUCAGCUACCAUCUCCUCACAGCAACAGCUCGCAACAACUGAACCUCAGCAAUUUUAGAACUCACUGACUGACUAACUCAGUCACUCACCAACCAACCAACUUAACCAAACUCAACUAACCUGACUUCACUAUCUGUCGUGCUUAUAGCAUCUCAGCAAGGACCUGUGUUGCUGUAUCCAAUCGUUGCCAUGGAAACAGUCUUGUUUGAGAAGCCGUUACUUAGUAAUGGCUGUUGUAUAUCUGCUUAUAUUGCUGUCUUUGCACAGCAAUGAGUCUGCAUGCCACAAUUUUUUGAUGUCCAAAAUGGUGUUUCAAAUAAAGCGGUAAUCAUAACUGUU